AGCUGGAGUAGGAGCCGCGAACCAAUCCAAGGAGGCGAAAGACGUCUUUAUUUAGGAAAGGGGAACUGAGCUAGAGCCGAGUGCGCUGGAGGAGCGGAGGAAAGCCGGGGCUUCGAGGCGAAGAGGAGCGGCUCUGCCUUGGACGCCGGAGGUCCAUAUGGGCUGAGUGCCUAACUAUCCUUGAGAAUCCAGAGGAGGCUGCAAGAUAUUUAAGAGAGGAAACCAGGCUGUUGCAGAAAAGAACAGAAGAACUUCAGGAGCUUAAGAGCCUUUAAUUACACUACAUGUAAAACAAUGAAGCAAUAGAGAUGCUUCCCUUUGUGAUCGUCACCCUGGGCUCUGCAGGGACUACCUGCAGGUCCUCCAGCUGCAACAACAGCAGCACUAAGGAUUAUUGCUACAGUGCGCGCAUCCGCAGUACUGUACUGCAGGGAUUGCCCUUCGGAGGGGUGCCUACUGUCCUCGCCCUCGAUUUCAUGUGCUUUCUUGCGCUGCUGUUUGUUUUUUCCAUUUUGCGCAAAGUGGCCUGGGAUUAUGGACGUCUGGCAUUGGUAACUGAUGCUGACAGGAAGCGACGCUGGCAACAGGAGCAAGAGGAAAGGGAAUAUGUUGCGUCUGCUCUACAUUCUGAUAGCCAUGAUCGCUAUGAACGCCUCACUUCUGUCUCCAGCUCAGUGGAUUUUGACCAAAGAGACAAUGGCUUUUGCUCCUGGUUGACAGCAAUCUUCAGGAUAAAGGAUGAUGAAAUCAGGGAUAAGUGUGGGGCAGAUGCAGUCCAUUACCUCUCCUUCCAGCGGCAUAUCAUUGGGUUGCUAGUUGCCGUAGGUGUCCUGUCUGUGGGAAUUGUCUUGCCAGUGAAUUUCUCAGGGGAUCUUCUUGAAAAUAACCCCUACAGUUUUGGCAGAACAACUAUUGCUAACCUGAAUUCUGGGAAUAACCUCUUAUGGCUGCACACUACUUUUGCCUUCUUGUAUUUGCUGUUAACUGUGUACAGCAUGCGUCGCCACACUUCAAAGAUGCGCUACAAGGAGGAUGACUUGGUGAAACGGACUCUCUUCAUAAAUGGCAUCUCAAAAUAUGCGGAACCUGAAAAGAUCAAAAAGCAUUUUGAGGAGGCCUAUGCAAAUUGCACAGUGCUGGAAGCACGGCCCUGCUAUGAUGUAGCCCGGCUGAUGUUCCUUGAUGCAGAAAGAAAAAAGGCAGAACGUGGAAAAAUCUACUUUACCAAUUUGCAGACCAAGGAGAAUACCCCCUCAAUGAUCAACCCAAAGCCCUGUGGCCAUCUCUGCUGUUGUGCUAUCAAAGGCUGUGAAGAGGUGGAAGCCAUUGAGUAUUAUACCAGCCUAGAGGAGAAGCUGAAAGAGGACUACAAGAAGGAAAAAGAAAAAGUCAAUGAGAAGCCACUGGGCAUGGCAUUUGUAACUUUCCAUAAUGAGGCCAUAACUGCUAUAAUCCUUAAAGACUUCAAUGCUUGCAAGUGCCAGGGCUGCAAGUGUCGUGGGGAGCCCAAGGCUUCUUCAUGCAGCGAGUCUCUCCACAUUUCAAACUGGGCAGUCUCUUAUGCACCUGACCCUCAAAACAUCUACUGGGAGCAUCUCUCAAUACGUGGCUUAUUCUGGUGGUUCCGCUGCCUGAUCAUCAAUGUGGUGCUCUUCAUCUUGCUGUUCUUUCUCACCACACCUGCCAUUAUCAUCACCACAAUGGACAAGUUCAAUGUCACUAAGCCUGUCGAAUACCUGAAUAACCCUAUCAUCACCCAGUUCUUCCCUACUCUAUUACUGUGGUGCUUCUCUGCUUUACUUCCUACAAUUGUGUAUUAUUCAGCAUUCUUUGAAGCUCAUUGGACUAGGUCUGGAGAGAACAGGACAACCAUGCACAAGUGUUACACUUUCCUCAUCUUCAUGGUCUUGUUGCUGCCAUCACUAGGCCUGAGCAGUUUGGAUGUGUUUUUCCGCUGGCUCUUUGAUAAAAAGUUCUUGGCUGAAGCUGCCGUAAGAUUUGAAUGCGUUUUCUUACCAGACAAUGGGGCCUUUUUUGUGAACUAUGUAAUAGCUUCUGCUUUCAUCGGAAAUGCCAUGGAUUUGCUGCGCAUCCCUGGCUUGCUUAUGUACAUGAUUCGGCUUUGUCUUGCCCGUUCAGCCGCUGAACGCAGGAAUGUCAAAAGGCAUCAAGCUUAUGAAUUCCAGUUUGGAGCUGCUUAUGCCUGGAUGAUGUGUGUUUUCACUGUGGUUAUGACUUACAGCAUCACGUGCCCCAUCAUUGUUCCCUUUGGUCUGAUGUAUAUGUUACUGAAGCACUUGGUGGACAGAUACAACCUCUAUUAUGCUUACCUACCAGCCAAGUUGGACAAGAAGAUUCAUUCAGGGGCUGUGAAUCAGGUGGUGGCAGCACCCAUUCUAUGCCUCUUUUGGCUCCUUUUCUUCUCUACCGUGCGCACAGGAUUCUUGGCUCUCACGUCCAUGUUUACUUUCGUGGUUCUUGUCAUCACUAUUGUGAUCUGCCUAUGUCAUGUCUGCUUUGGACACUUCAAAUACCUCAGUGCUCACAAUUAUAAGAUUGACCACACAGAGGCAGAUGCUGUGGAUGGAAGAGAGAAUGGGCGGCCUGCUGCCAGUCAACCUCCGGCCCCUAAAUCAGCUAAAUAUAUUGCCCAGGUGCUACAGGAUUCUCCACCAGACGGUGACAUGGCUGAGUCUGAAGAACAGGGCUCCCAGGACGAGGAUCUCAUCAACCCCAAUGGCAUUAAUGACACAGAUUUCCAAUCAUGUGAGGACAGCCUGAUAGAAAAUGAAGUCCAUCAUUAGGGAUUGUGGGAAAGCACGAGGGGGCAGGGGAGUCCUGAGAGUUGACAUGGCUGCUGUGUGUUGUACGUAUAUGUAUGAGUGAAUGAGCAAUAGAGGGAAAUUCCAAGCAAGGGGAAGAAGAGCAGCACAUGCUCAGCACCAACCAUCACCACCUCUCAUUCACUUGGCUGUUGCAUUAUUGCUCAUUCCAGGGUGGGGUGAAACCAUUUGACCUCCAUUCUCUGUCUUUCCUAUCAUUCCUCCUUCUCCCUCUUCCCCUUCUCUGCCUCCUCCUCACGUCCCAUCGAGGGUAGGAGCAGAAAGUCUCUGAUAAGUUACCUGCCAUUCCCGCUUUCUGAAGCCCUACAAGUCCAAGAUGGAGUCAAAGGGAUGACUUUGCUACUUCAUGGUGUCAAGGAGAGGAACUGAAGCAAGGACAUCAGAAGCCUGGGUGUUUCUAAUGGCAAGAAUCUAUUCUGGCAGAGACUUCAUCCUGCCCUGGACUGCUACCCUCCUCUAGAACUCUCUAGUCUGAGACACUAAUAAUGAAUUAGGUUCCAAUGAGGACUGAGCUUUAAUCAAGGUACUGAAUUUCUAAGCUAAGAAUAUGGGUGGCUUUGAACCUGGCAGGAACCAGUGGUUCCAGCCAAGCGGAGCUGUUUUUAAUUGUGUAUAAAUUUCCUACUUGCUUGUGCAUCAGCAAGCAUCUUAUCUCAGAUGCCCAAGAUGCAACCCCAUGAUAACCUUGGUCUUGGUCACUUGUUCUCUCCAAGGCUGGCUUGUAAAUAAGCUAUCAAGAGCAAGAGGGAUUGAAUGGAAGAGGCCUUCUGCUGCCAUGAACACUACCCAAUGAAGGCUGCAAUUGGAGAAUGUUGUCUAACAUCAGGUAUCCAUGAACAACUGCUAGUAACCCCUGUAGCUCCCAGAGGGGAAGUGCCUGUUUCAGGGUGAGAAAAGGUACAAGGGAUUUGCCAGGAGAGGGUUCAGCAGGAUAAGCAGCCCCUCCAAGUAUCUAUUCCAGGGGUAGUCAACAUUCCUUAGCUGGCUCAGGAAUUCUGGGGGUUGAAGUCCACAAGUCAUAAAAGAGCCAAGUUUGACUGCCCCUGAUCUAUUCCCACAUUGCUUGCACCCUGAAUGUGAAGCAAGGCACUGUGAUUUAUUUGGGUUCUGCAACAACUUUGCACAUUUGUUUUACCUUCAAAAUUGACUAAAACCCUGCUCUCUUGUCCUAAUUUCCCAGACGGGAGAGGAAGAGAAGGGGUUGGUUUUCUAAAUCUGUAACUGGAAAAGGUUUCCACUGAAUCCCCAGGAUUGUAAGGUUUCCCAGCUCAUCCAUUUGCACCUCAGACCCUUCUUGCAUGAGGCUGCCUGUGUAUUCCAUAAGAGGCAGCUCAGCUGCUUUACCAAUCCCACAGCCUUGCAUGGAACUCUUAAGGAGCCGCCUUACGACUCAAGGGUUGCCAUCUCUUGACCUGCUUCCCAGGUGGGAAUUCAGCUGCUGGGCCUUUUCCUUCAAAAGUGGUCUUUCUGAGGGGCACUUUAAAUAAAUCUGUUUAGAGUGGAGAUGAGGCAAAGGGAGAUGAGAAUUUCACCUAGAGACCCUGCUUUUUCAGAUGGAUUUUAUGGGGAGGCAAAGAAGCUGUUGUUUCCCCCCCUUUCACCUCUGGACUGCCUGGCAUGUUGGAUAAGGUAAAAAAAAAAAAAAAACCAACUCUCUUGAGCUAAAUCCCUUUUCUGAAGGAAACCUAGACAGAAGGAUGUACUUUGCUGCUAAGCGGUCUUAAUGUUUUGCCUUCUGUCCUCUGCACAACUCUGCUCUUUGCCUGCCGGAAUCAGUACUUGAGAAAUGCUGCCACUGUUGCCUAGAAGCAGAGGCCCUAUCCAUUUUUACCAUGGAAGUGGGUGUAAAUUAACUCCCAUUGUUCUUUUAGCCAGAACGGCCUGAAGAUUUUUAGGGAGGUGAGAUAGCCAGGUGGAAAUGAGAGUAUGGAGACUUGCCACUUGGUAAAUCAGGGUUCUCAAGCACAAGUACUGAAGAUUAGGCUUAGUCAAAAUUGCGUAAGUUGCUGAUGAUCAAGAAUCCAACUAAGAAGCCCCUUGAGCCUCCUGAGUGGGAGAUAGAGCUGGACUUUCCAUUUCCCUUAAAGGAGGAGAGAUGAAGGUUUGAAGAACCCUUUUCACCCCUUGGAAGCUGGACCAUAGCUUGUGGUGAGGUUUCUUUUUCUGGAGCUAUCCUAGGUGGUGAUAGGGAGGAGUAGAGGAGCAUGAGCGCCUCUCCUCCUUCCGAUGCUGUCAUAGCCCCUUUGUGCAACAGCCACUCUGCUGCUGAAAUUGCACAUGGACUUUUAUUUUAAACGUUCCCGGAUGUCUCUUCAAUGCUGUCUAGAAAUAGUAUGUGUUCCAUGCCAGAGUUUCCUGUCCUGGUCCCUCGGCACCAUAUUCCUCAAAGCCCAGUCACCAAGGCUGUGUCUACAUCAGCCCCACAGCUUCCAUUUGGGUACAUGGAGAUAGAUCUGACAUCUGUGUAUAUACAGCUGCAGCGCGAGACUGGCUUCUGCUAGUGGGUGCAGAUCAUUGGGUGCAGAUCAUUGGUGUCCUCCUCCUGCAGGGAGCUCUGUUCUAACUGGCACUUUGUCUGUGUAGAGAUGUGUAUAAAUACCCUGUACAUAUUUGUGUAAAAAAGGAGAGAAAAAAGAGGAACUUAUCAUAUUUCCACUA